AUGAUUAUUGAAGACGAAGGAAGAGCGAUAUGUGCGUUUGACGAGGAAGAAACCAUACCAGAGACACAACCAAUAGAAAUUGGUGGCGAAGAGUAUAUAAACAGGAGAGCAGAGAUACGUUGCACUGAAACAUUUCACAAUCUUCGCAAUGACUUGGUGGAACACAUUUACGAGGGUGAGGGCAUCAAAGUUAAGGACAACAUAUUACUUAGGGAGUUCUCCCUUUACGGCCUCACUCUAGGUUCAAAUGGGUAUUCACAGUUAGAGGUUUGCUUCAGCAUAGAUGUCAAUGGUAUCCUUCUAGUGUCCGCAGAGGAAACGUCUACUGGUCAGCAAAAAACUAUUACAAUCACUAAGACCUGA